AUGCAACCAGGUGGCCCGGAGGCGGCUCCGGCAAUUGAACAUGAUGAGUCCCCCAGUGGCACAUGGAACCCCUAUGUUAUCUCCACCAUCGCCAUGGUUUGCAGUGUCUUUCUCAUCCUCAGCUAUUACAAACUUCUGUUUGGAUGCUGCUCAACGUGCCGUCGCAGGUUCAUGGGGCGGAACCCUGGACCAGUUGGGGGCCACUCCCUCCUUGAAGAUAUGCCCAGCAGCGACAUGCCUUCACCGCAUAGUCGAGGUGGCUUGGAUCUCAUGGCUGUCAGCAAUCGGAUGCCUGCCUUCCAGUUGGAGGCCGACUUGGAGAGCGGUGGGACGGACUGCUCAGUGUGCUUGGGGGAGCUCAUUGUAGGGGAAUGGGUGAGGCGCUUGCCUGCUUGCAGGCACGCGUUCCAUGUCCCCUGCAUAGACAAGUGGUUUGCAUUGCAUUCGAGUUGCCCGUUGUGUAGGGCCGAUGUGAGGCCUACUUUGUUGCUGGUGGCUCUGCAACGUGAAGGCGCUAGCGGGGAGCAGUAUCACCUCUUGGGCACAUCUUUGAGGCCCAGCAUUGGGUUGCAUAGAUGA